AUGACUGAAGCGGAUCUAACAUCGUUCUUAUUACAAGAUAUUGAAUCACUUUAUGAGAACAAUGAAGAUUCUAAUGUAACGAUUAAAGUUAAUCAAGAAAGUUUUAAAGCGCAUUCGUUAAUUUUAAAAUCUAGGUCGCAAUAUUUUCGAAAAUCUAUAAACGAAUAUCUACAAAGAAGAAAUAGCUUAUUUAACAGAGGAGGUGAUUGUAUUAACUUGGAAGUCACCGAUAUCUCUCCAAGAGCUUUCAGAGUAUGCCUAAAGUACAUUUAUACGGGGAAGUUUUCCUUGGAUGAUUAUAAUAAUGAAUUCAUUUUUAGUUUGACCAUCGCAGCUGAUGAGUUGGGCCUACUUUGCAUGGUUGAUGAGUUAGAAAAGUUUUAUUUAAUGAGAAAUCUUGCCCCACCCUCUAACGAAAAUCCCCGUAAGUUGAGAAGGGAUCCUACGACUUUGAAAAGAAAUUCUUCAAUUUUUAAACCAAAGUAUCGGAGGGGGGAACCGGCUUCUGAAGUUAAACCCGAAGCUUUAGACGAAGUUUCUGUAAGACCGUUAACUCAAGAUAGAUCUCCUUCACCAUUCCCAAGAUUUCGACUUCCCGAUAUUAAAUUUAAUUCCAAAUUAAUCGAUAAUACGCAACUUAAACGUAUAUCACGUUGGAUUGAUGGAGAUGACCAAGGAGGUGUUGAAAAUUCAAAUCUAAAUAAUAAUUUCACCUUAUUGGCAAGAGGAAGUAGAGAUGGCAUGGAUCUAAAAACCUUUGCCUCAUUAUGUAAUGAUAAAGGACCAACGUUAGUCUUGGCAAAGGUUGAUAAAACAAAUAUUAUUAUUGGAGGGUAUAAUCCUGAACCGUGGAAAAGUACAAAUAAAUGGAUUGUAACAGAUGAAAGUUUUAUAUUUUCAUUUAAAUCUUAUCAAAGUAGGGAAGGGAUCGAUGAUAUCAUUCUUAGCAGGGUUAAAGAUACGUACGCUGCUAUUUUUGACGGGGAUAGUCAUUAUGGUAUUGGAUUUGGUACGGAUCUACGUAUAUUUAGCGGAGAAUAUGUACAUGAACAUUAUAUAAAAAGAAUUUUGGAUCAGAGUGUUUUCGAAAUAGAAAAUUAUGAAGUGUUCAAAUCAGCCUAUAGACAUCGUCUCCUUCACAAGAGGGAGCGUAUAAACCUUAUGAAAAAGACUAGACUACUUGGAGAUCAAAAGUCGCCCUAUCCGAAGACAUGGGGAGCACAA